UGCUAGGGCUAGGUGUUGGUGUUAGAUAAAAGAGUUAAUUGUUUUGAUUACGGCAAUCAAAUUCAAAUAUAUUAACAUGUAUUAAGUAGGCUAGUAAAUGUUACCUACUGGCAGUACGUAAGCUCAGGGCUUUACUAUGACUGAAGAAUCCGACAGCUUGGAAUUGUUUGAGUUAACUCGAGUAGCGUCUGCUGCUAAAAUAUGUCUGUCAACAUUCAAUGGCAUUCCAGGUCACCAAACGGUUGCUUUGGUGUUGGAAUCAGGGGAUGUUUUGUUCUACCACAACCCUCCCGCUGGAGAUACUCCUGUUGUGCGAUGUGUCCCUUGGUUCGAAGACCCUCAGAAGAGGAUUGAGUCGGCAACAUUCGAUCCCGCCUCUGGGAAUUGGCUGCUUGUCGUCUGUCACGAUGGCUCGCUGUACCUGGUACCAACCCAGCUGCCGUCCAACUUGGACACUCGGGAUUGUGAUUGGUCAGUGGAUGACAUCACAGCUCUGCCGCCAAUCUGUGGUGUCAAAAUGGCCGACCUGUGUCCCACAGCAGUGGCCUGGUGGGACAGAACACUGACCGAUGGGCGAUGCCAGAUUAUUGUGAUCGUCGGAGGUUCCAGAGGAGGAAUCGUGUUGGCAAUGCUACGUACUGGCUGUGUUGUUGGUCGCACUGCUGUCGAAGGAAGUGUUACCAACAUUCAAGUCUGCAAAGACGACACUUUGCUCGACAAUCCUCCUGUGUUUCUCCUGAUAACCAACGAGCACAAUAUCCAAUGGAAGCUGGUGUUGGAGGAUAGAGAGAUGGGAUACUCGUGGCCGUUGCCCUCUGAACCUUCCAGGGCUGAGUCGAACACGUCACUGAUCAGUGUAGUAGGGUCUGAGGAGUCGGUUGUUCGACCUUCUAUGACAAGCUUCCCACUGGCCCGAGCUAGGCUACAGGGUCUCAAGCAACUGUCAGUGGAGAAACUGGCUACACUUCGGCAGAAACUCUCGGAGAGUAGGAACAGGGGAGUGACUACUUCUGUCAUCUCUGCUAAAAGAAGAGGCAGUAGCAGUAGUGAGGAGUCAGUGUCCAGACAGAGGUCUUCAGUGUCGUCUGACAGCGAGUCGCUGAGUGGGGCCGCUAUUCUGCCCAAGCUGGAGCUACUGAACGAGACGUCCCUCUACCUACAGACUGCAAGAGGGAAGCCGGUAAUUGUUGGCCACUACGCUCCUGCACACAUCGUUACGGUGUAUGGGGUUGGACUGAAUCUCAGCCCCAUCUCCAUACACAGACUGCCAGGCCCGUGUGGUCUGGUGAGACUGACGGACUGGCUGCUCUACGUGACAGACCUCGGCUGUCGACAGCUGUCGGUCGUCUCCUACCGCAUGUCCCAGUGCCGCAUCGACAGCGACAAACAGAUUCUCAACAGCGAAGUGAACCCAGACUCCUUACUACAGCAGUUCUUUUUCCAAGAUGGAGAAGAAAUCCAAGCUCUCUACAGGAUAACACCAAACUUAAAGGAUCAAAAUGAGAAGUUCUUUGGUCGAUUGGAAGAGGAGACGACGAACCGUAAGAAGACCUACAAGAGCAACAGAAGCAGUGGUUUGGCCGAGCAAAGUCCGUUAGAUCAAUGUGCCGUAGUCACCAACAAAGCUGUCUACAAGGUGGUGAUGAGGAAAUCCCCCCGAGAGGUGGUGUUUGCGUGUGUGAUGAACCCCAACAAGUUGGAGCGUGCGGAGCGGCUGUGUCACAUGUUCGGGCUGGACCUGCAACAGCUGUUGGAGACCGCUGCAGAAAAACAGCUGGAAGCCGGACAACUGGACAGUGCUGUCACUCUAUACAAGCUAGCUAGGUGUCGACCAGUGAAGAGUGUGCUACACAUGGCUAGUGCUGGCUUCACUCAACAGCUACUGGCUAUGACCACGGGUCUUUUGCAGACGUCUCAGCCUCUGUCUCAGACCGAGAGUCUCCAUCUUGCAAACCUCAGUGUGUUGACGUUCACAGAACAAUGCUUGCGUGCCAAGAGCUCCGAUAACAUCAUGACCCAGUUCAGGGGCUUGUUGAGAGACAAUCACCACUAUGACGAGGUGCUGGCAGUCAGCGUGGUGGGUCAGAGCGGGCUGUGUACGGUGUUGGAGUACCUGUGUGACCAACGAGGACUUGCCACUCACGUGUUGGACGUCCUGGCUCGUGUCAUCAACUGCCAACACACACCUACGCUUAACUGUGAACUGUGUGAGGGAUUCUGGGAGUGUAUGAGCAACACAAACCUCGCUCAAGCAUUGGUUGUUAAUCCUGAUUUCGCAAAACUUCACAUGGGUUUUGUAAAAUCUCGACUUUCAGCGUUCAGUCCAUUUAUACUGCAAAGGUUUGCCAAUCUGUACGACCCAUCUCAGCCUUCCGUUAGACCUGUCCUUAAACGAUUACUGGAUGAGUCUUCCAAUAAGACCAGUCAAGCUAAAACUGACAAGGUCCACAGUAAUGAUAGCCGGGCAUAUGCACUUAAACAGGGUGAUUCCCAGUUCCCUCUGAGUGACUGGUUAACCAGCUACCUGCUGGUGUGUCUGUACCUGGGCCACUGUCGUCCUGGUGGUAGUAGUCGCUACAGCCCAGACCUCAUGGUGGACCUUCCAUCCCAUCACUCCGACAACGACCAGUCUACCAAGGAGCCAGUUAGCCUAUCUCCGGUUACAGUGAGUGGUGGAUACACUCAUGUUGGCUUGGUGAGGAACGGACAGCUGUAUAUGUGGGGCUACACUGUUAAUGGAUGUCUAGGUGUGGGACCCACCCUUAGCCAGACUCUACAACCCUUACCACUGCCACUGUUUCCAGCUCUGGGGGUGCAAGUAGUCAGUGUAGGCUGUGGUAAACUGCACACACUUGCGCUCACUACCAACGGGGUGUAUGCGUGGGGGUCGUCGAGGUACGGACAGCUAGGUGUCGGACCUACAAGUCAGAGUUCGGAGCCGAGGCUAGUGGAAGGACUGUAUGACCAGAACAUUGUGGCCGUGGUCGCAGGACAGUAUCACUCUCUGGCUCUAACUGCUGCUGGCAGAAUGUACAGCUGGGGCUGGGGUGUACAUGGUCAGCUGGGCCACGGCAAUGUUGAAGACUGCUGUUACCCUGCGCUCAUAGAAGCACUGUCCUCUGAGGUGAUAGUAUCAUGCAGUGGAGGUCACGCACACACACUCAUGCUCAGCAGCUCUGGGCGUGUGUGGGCGUGCGGGUCCAGUGUGUUUGGCCAACUAGGCACCGGCUCCAACCUCAAAUCCAGCCGUCCUGUUCAAGUGUUUGGGCUACCGGAGAAGAUAAUAUCAAUCUCCACGAGCUAUUUCCACAAUCUAGCCCUGGCCGUGUCUAACCGCCUGUACUCGUGGGGCUCCAGUCCGCAGGUGUUGAGGCUACAGGCGCAGGCGCAGAAGAAGGCGAGGUUCCAACUACAGCAGCAACAGCAUCAGCAGGCCGCUUCUGCAUCAGUGAUCACUAAGGACAUCAGAGGAGUAACAGACGACCAAGUACCUGAACCAGAUUUGGACACGCCUGAUGUAUCUGAAGGUGAUGCGGACGGUGGAAAGUCCAAGUUGCAUUUCAAGCUCGCCCCAACAUCUCGUUUUGUCACUCUCAACUCGGAAAUGGUCGUAAGUCCAAGUACAGAGUUCAAGGGUCUUCCGACAGGACGAGCCACCUCUGAACCGACUACAAACGUCAACAAUAGCACCCCCGCUCCCCCUGGAGUGUUGGUGGGGGUAGACGAUGGUCUGGCUCAUCUCAGCCCCACCCUUGUGGACACUUCACAUGUAGAGGGUAAAAUCACUAAGAUAAGCUGUGGAUGCCACCACUCCACCCUGCUGACAGACACAGGGCAGAUCUACACCUGGGGUCGUAAUCUUGAUGCUCAACUCGGCAACGGAGCUCGCACCAAAGAGGCUGUCCACCCUACCCACAUUGCCGUCGGUAACGGAACAUCAGAGAUUGUCACGGUGGAGUGCGGAGGGGAUUUCACUCUAGCAAUCGAGGCUUCUGGCAAAGUAUGGGGUUGGGGCAGCAACCAAGUUGGACAGCUUGGCAGGGAGCCGAUAGAAGACGCCACCAAGGCUGGGCUGGAAGGCCGGCUACUGAUGCUGAAGACGUCAAAACGAGUCAUUAAACUGCCACAUGGUGCUUUGAACACGGUGGAGACUCCCAAGGAAAUACCAUCCUUACCUUCUCUACAAAUAGCCUUCCAGUCUCAUCCGGCAGAAUCUGACUCUUUGAAACUGCUGGCUCGUCUUUCAACUUUUGACAACCCACCGCACAGUGCCAAGACCUUGCAUUAUGCCUUGUCAUACUUCCACGGGCACUACGACACUGCAAAGUUCAGAGAAAAGUGCAUCGAGCUUGGUGAUUACCAAACGGCCUCAAAGUUGGCAAUGCUGGAUAAGCAGUUCGACAUGGCAAUGAGCUACCAACUGCAAGCUGCUAUGGCGAGCAGCGAGACAAACCAUAAACCUCCGUCAAGCGUUACAUCGAGUCAACCUUCAGUGUUAGAGCGAGCCAGCAAAUCUGUAGUGAGCACAGAGGUGAUAGUACCUACCUUGGAAACCAGCCUAACCAUCAACACGUCGUCCGCAAAGAAGAUAGGGAUCAGUCGAACAAGGUCUAACACGCAAUCAACAGAGGAUGUAGAAAACAUUGCAGAACCGACAAAACCAGAGAAACCCGAAGAUGUGGAAGAAAAAAGCACCUCGGAAAUUCACAUGUUCACUUUCCAAGGGGGAGCGGAAGAAAUGUCCGUUAGAUCUCAAGACACGCUCUGUUCCAAAUCGGACUUGUUGGAGUCGAGAUGUGACACACCCGAUACGUUGGCGAGUUGUGACGAGUUUGCCACCAAGAGUGCGGAAGUGUUUGACAGUCCGGUGAAACAGUGUGCAAAACGGAAGUCGGACAGCGAGAGUUUGACUUACGAAACGAUUGUGAAUAAUCACAUUAAGGAGUUGGAACUGCAGACCGCCAAUGGGGAGGAUGUUAGUCAUAAUAGUGCGCUUAUUGAAGAUCUAGUGAACAUCGUGGAGUUUUAUAUAGACUUGUGUGAGCAGGGACCGCAGACUUCAUUGAAAGCGUUGUUGAAACAGGGGUUGGAGUUUUGGACGGACCACAAGCUGCCCGUGUGUAGGCUGGAAGCUUUGCUGCUUUCUCAUUGGUCCUUAGUGUCUUACCCUCUGGGUCUACUUCUGUUGGGAAAUGACUCAGAAGUUAGUGUGGACGCCCAACAGAUGCUUAGCAAUUUAUCUACCGACUUCAGCUUACAGCUCUGCUCGGCCAUGGUGAACCACGUCUCUGUCUCAGACAAAGACAACAAUGUGCCAGAAGUGAUGGAGCUACUGUCAGGUCUCAGCUGGUCAGAGCAGACGUCAGCCGGUCUAGCCUCAGAACCUCUGAGUUUGGAUCAGAUCAUCUCACAGAUCAGUUACAACAAUGUGCCAGAAGUGAUGGAGCUACUGUCAGGUCUCAGCUGGUCAGAGCAGACCUCAGCCAGUCUAGCAUCAGAACCUCUCAGUUUGGACCAGAUCAUCUCACAGAUCAGUUACAACAAUGUGCCAGAAGUGAUGGAGCUACUGUCAGGUCUCAGCUGGUCAGAGCAGACCUCAGCCAGUCUAGCAUCAGAACCUCUCAGUUUGGACCAGAUCAUCUCACAGAUCAGUUACAACAAUGUGCCAGAAGUGAUGGAGCUACUGUCAGGUCUCAGCUGGUCAGAGCAGACCUCAGCCAGUCUAGCAUCAGAACCUCUCAGUUUGGACCAGAUCAUCUCACAGAUCAGUUGUCAACAGCCAGCUCAGUCCUACAUAGACAUUGACUUUACUGUUAGUGACAUUAUGUCAUCUGUCCACAGACAACAAUGUGCCAGAAGUGAUGGAGCUACUGUCAGGUCUCAGCUGGUCAGAGCAGACCUCAACAACAGUGUGCCAGAAGUGAUGGAGCUACUGUCAGGUCUCAGCUGGUCAGAGCAGACCUCAGCCAGUCUAGCCUCAGAACCUCUCAGUUUGGACCAGAUCAUCUCACAGAUCAGUUACAACAGUGUGCCAGAAGUGAUGGAGCUACUGUCAGGUCUCAGCUGGUCAGAGCAGACCUCAGCCAGUCUAGCAUCAGAACCUCUCAGUUUGGACCAGAUCAUCUCACAGAUCAGUUACAACAAUGUGCCAGAAGUGAUGGAGCUACUGUCAGGUCUCAGCUGGUCAGAGCAGACCUCAGCCAGUCUGGCCUCAGAACCUCUCAGUUUGGACCAGAUCAUCUCACAGAUCAGUUACAACAAUGUGCCAGAAGUGAUGGAGCUACUGUCAGGUCUCAGCUGGUCAGAGCAGACCUCAGCCAGUCUAGCAUCAGAACCUCUCAGUUUGGACCAGAUCAUCUCACAGAUCAGUUACAACAGUGUGCCAGAAGUGAUGGAGCUACUGUCAGGUCUCAGCUGGUCAGAGCAGACCUCAGCCAGUCUAGCCUCAGAACCUCUCAGUUUGGAUCAGAUCAUCUCACAGAUCAGUUACAACAAUGUGCCAGAAGUGAUGGAGCUACUGUCAGGUCUCAGCUGGUCAGAGCAGACCUCAGCCAGUCUAGCAUCAGAACCUCUCAGUUUGGACCAGAUCAUCUCACAGAUCAGUUACAACAGUGUGCCAGAAGUGAUGGAGCUACUGUCAGGUCUCAGCUGGUCAGAGCAGACCUCAGCCAGUCUGGCCUCAGAACCUCUCAGUUUGGACCAGAUCAUCUCACAGAUCAGUUACAACAAUGUGCCAGAAGUGAUGGAGCUACUGUCAGGUCUCAGCUGGUCAGAGCAGACCUCAGCCAGUCUAGCAUCAGAACCUCUCAGUUUGGACCAGAUCAUCUCACGGAUCAGUUACAACAGUGUGCCAGAAGUGAUGGAGCUACUGUCAGGUCUCAGCUGGUCAGAGCAGACCUCAGCCAGUCUAGCAUCAGAACCUCUCAGUUUGGACCAGAUCAUCUCACAGAUCAGUUACAACAGUGUGCCAGAAGUGAUGGAGCUACUGUCAGGUCUCAGCUGGUCAGAGCAGACCUCAGCCAGUCUAGCCUCAGAACCUCUCAGUUUGGAUCAGAUCAUCUCACAGAUCAGUUACAACAAUGUGCCAGAAGUGAUGGAGCUACUGUCAGGUCUCAGCUGGUCAGAGCAGACCUCAGCCAGUCUAGCAUCAGAACCUCUCAGUUUGGACCAGAUCAUCUCACAGAUCAGUUGUCAACAGCCAGCUCAGUCCUACAUAGACAUUGACUUUACUGUUAACAACAAUGUGCCAGAAGUGAUGGAGCUACUGUCAGGUCUCAGCUGGUCAGAGCAGACCUCAGCCAGUCUAGCAUCAGAACCUCUCAGUUUGGACCAGAUCAUCUCACGGAUCAGUUACAACAAUGUGCCAGAAGUGAUGGAGCUACUGUCAGGUCUCAGCUGGUCAGAGCAGACCUCAGCCAGUCUAGCAUCAGAACCUCUCAGUUUGGACCAGAUCAUCUCACAGAUCAGUUACAACAAUGUGCCAGAAGUGAUGGAGCUACUGUCAGGUCUCAGCUGGUCAGAGCAGACCUCAGCCAGUCUAGCAUCAGAACCUCUCAGUUUGGACCAGAUCAUCUCACAGAUCAGUUACAACAAUGUGCCAGAAGUGAUGGAGCUACUGUCAGGUCUCAGCUGGUCAGAGCAGACCUCAGCCAGUCUGGCCUCAGAACCUCUCAGUUUGGACCAGAUCAUCUCACAGAUCAGUUACAACAGCGUGCCAGAAGUGAUGGAGCUACUGUCAGGUCUCAGCUGGUCAGAGCAGACCUCAGCCAGUCUAGCCUCAGAACCUCUCAGUUUGGACCAGAUCAUCUCACAGAUCAGUUACAACAGUGUGCCAGAAGUGAUGGAGCUACUGUCAGGUCUCAGCUGGUCAGAGCAGACCUCAGCUAGUCUGGCCUCAGAACCUCUCAGUUUGGACCAGAUCAUCUCACAGAUCAGUUACAACAAUGUGCCAGAAGUGAUGGAGCUACUGUCAGGUCUCAGCUGGUCAGAGCAGACCUCAGCCAGUCUAGCAUCAGAACCUCUCAGUUUGGACCAGAUCAUCUCACAGAUCAGUUACAACAAUGUGCCAGAAGUGAUGGAGCUACUGUCAGGUCUCAGCUGGUCAGAGCAGACCUCAGCCAGUCUAGCAUCAGAACCUCUCAGUUUGGACCAGAUCAUCUCACAGAUCAGUUACAACAAUGUGCCAGAAGUGAUGGAGCUACUGUCAGGUCUCAGCUGGUCAGAGCAGACCUCAGCCAGUCUAGCAUCAGAACCUCUCAGUUUGGACCAGAUCAUCUCACAGAUCAGUUGUCAACAGCCAGCUCAGUCCUACAUAGACAUUGACUUUACUGUUAGUGACAUUAUGUCAUCUGUCUACAGACAACAAUGUGCCAGAAGUGAUGGAGCUACUGUCAGGUCUCAGCUGGUCAGAGCAGACCUCAGCCAGUCUAGCAUCAGAACCUCUCAGUUUGGACCAGAUCAUCUCACAGAUCAGUUGUCAGCAGCCAGCCCAGCCCUACAUUGA